GAAAAAAUUAAGAAAGAGGAAAAAACCCGUUUUUAAAAAAAUUUUAUUUGGCGUAUUCUCUUAAUUGCUACCACUAGUAUUUAAAUAAAACCCUUUUUUAAUUUAAGAAAAAAAUCAGACCUUCAAAUAUCAUGAUUUCCUCUGGGUGAUUGAAGAGAAGAACCCUACUUUUGUUGUUGUUCUUGUUCUGCGAGAUUGGGAUGCUUUUUUCGGGGAUUUCCGCCGAUUAAGCUGUCCGGAUUUGCCGUACACCCGCAAUUUAUCCAUUUCUGUGUAUAAUUUGAUAUUGUGCGUGAAAGGAUGAAAUUUGGUGAAGUGAAGAAGGCGGGAUUGUGAAAUUGUGGAAGAAGAAGAAGGAGAAGAAGAAGAUCAUGUGGUUUUCGUUCUGGAAAUCCAGAGAUCGUUUCUCGUUGGAUGAACUGAGAUUUCUCACUGACCAACUGAUGAAGGUUCAGAUUGUUAAUGACGUUAAUAAGGAUUUUGUGAUCGAGGCAUUGAGAUCUAUUGCGGAGCUCAUAACUUAUGGUGACCAACAUGACCCAGCCUUUUUCGAGUUUUUCAUGGAGAAGCAGGUCAUGGGUGUAUUUGUUCGUAUACUAAAAGUUAGUAGAACUUUGAUUGUUGCACUCCAGAUGUUGCAGACGAUGAGCAUUAUGAUCCAAAAUUUAAGAAAUGAGCACUCUAUAUAUUAUAUGUUCAGUAAUGAGCACAUUAACUACCUUAUAACUUAUUCCUUUGACUUCCAAAAUGAAGAGUUAUUGUCUUACUACAUAUCAUUCCUAAGAGCAAUAAGUGGAAAGUUGAACAAGAAUACAAUUUCAUUGCUCGUUAAGACUCAAGAUGAUGAAGUAAUUUCCUUCCCGCUUUAUGUUGAAGCAAUAAAAUUUGCAUUUCAUGAGGAAGGAAUGAUUCGCACUGCAGUACGUGCUUUGACUCUAAAUGUUUAUCAUGUUGGAGAUGAAGCCAUUAAUAGAUAUCUUGCUAGUGCCCCACAUGCAGAUUAUUUCUUAAACUUGGUCAAAUUUUUCCGUGACCAGUGCAUCAACUUGAGUGGAUUGGUGUUAAAUGGUACAAAGAAUCUAGGGUCAGAGUCCAGUACUCAUAUUCUUUCAGCUGUGGAUGAGAUUGAGGAUAAUCUUUACUACUUCAGCGAUGUCAUUUCUGCCGGGAUUCCUGAUGUUGGGAAGUUGAUAACAGACAACAUCUUAAAACUUUUGAUAUUUCCAUCAAUCCUUCCUUCUUUGAGAAUGGGAACAGAAACUGGUGUUGCCUGUUCUUUAUAUUUGAUUUGUUGCAUCUUGCGCAUCGUCAAGAUCAAAGACCUGGCAAAUACUGUUGCUGCUGCUCUUCUCUGUCGAGUGGAGACAUUCAAAUCAAGAUCUGAAGCUAAGCUAAAUGGCUACUCAUCUGGACAAGGUUUUCCAGUUGAAUGUCAGAAGGCAAACGAGGAUGAAGGUUUACAAGUUACAAUUCCAAACUUAUCUGGUUCCUUGCAGAGUCUAUCAGAAGAUAAAUUGCACCAUGAUAAUUGUGGUUCAUAUGCCUUAAGGGAGUCCUUGCUUUCUUUCAUUACAAAUGGAGAUGAUAUUCAGGUGUCAGGUUCUCUCAGUGUGUUAGCAACGUUACUGCAAACUAAAGAACUGGAUGAAUCAAUGCUAGAUGCUCUUGGUAUUCUUCCACAAAGAAAACAGCAUAAAAGACUGUUGCUGAAAGCAUUAGUUGGUGAGGGAUCUGGUGAAGAGCAACUUUUUUCCUCAGCAAAUAAUGUAACAAAAGAUGUGAUUAGUGGUGAACUUGAUAGCUAUGCGCAAAGGAUAAAGGAACAUUAUGGUGUUUCAUGUGUGUGGCCGGAGGUUGGAACUAGCUCUCAAUUACAUAGGUCUCAGGUGCUCGAUGCAUUGGUCAGUCUUUUCUGCAGGUCAAGUAUCUCUGCAGAAACCUUAUGGGAUGGUGGUUGGCUUUUGCGUCAGUUGCUUCCUUAUAGUGAAACGGAAUUUAACAGCCACCACCUUAAAUCACUAAGAGUGUCAUUCCAGAAUUGUUGUGGCCUGAUUCUUGAGGAAGCAAGAGGGACCUGGCCUGAUUUCUUGAUAACCGUCCUUUGUGAUGAGUGGAGAAAGUGCAAAAGAGCAAUUGAGGCUUCAUCCCCCCGCAAAGAUCUGAAGUGCAUGCUGCUGCCACCCUAUGAUUCAAGUUCUGAAGAGGGUUUUUCUAGUGAAUCAUCUUUUGCUGCUGGUGGAAAAAUGUGCGAGGUGGUUAAGGUGUUUGUACUAUUACAUCAACUCCACAUUUUCUCUCUUGGCUAUGUUUUGCCUGAUCAACCUCUGGUACAUCCACCAAUUGAUGCUUCAGCAAACUCACGAGCUAAGAAGGCUGGUGUGGAUAGUUUGGGUCCAAACCACGCUGAACUGAACCUUGUUGAUGCAGUGUCUUGUAGAAUAGCAUUUGAGAGAGGCAAAGAGCGCCAUUUUUGCUUUCUGGCUGUCUCUUUGGGAACUUCAGGUUGGCUUGUACUUGCAGAAGAACUACCCUUUAAACCAAGUCAUGGUAUUGUUCGAGUGGUUGCACCUUUAGCAGGAUGUAAUCCUAGAGUAGACGAUAAACACUCAAGAUGGUUGCACCUUCGAAUACAUCCUUCAGCUUUCCCCUUCACUGACUCUGCUAAAUAUGCUUCUGGUGGAAAAGUCAAAACAAAAGCUUUGGUUGAUGGGAGGUGGACCCUGGCAUUUCGAGAUGAGGGAACUUGCAAAGCUGCUUUGUUAAUGAUUCUUGAUGAGAUACAUCUACAAAGUAACGAGGUUCAGAGAAGAUUACGACCUUUAUUAGACCUUGAAACAGCUUUAGAUUCUUCAAGUAGUUCCUUGCUGCCGGAGGCUACCAUAUCCAGAACGCUACCGCCUAAUUCCUUGUGAGAUGUACUAUUUGUUUUGCUUUUUUUUUUUUUGGGGUUCCUCGGCAAUAAUAUUGUGUAUACAAUGGGUGAAAUAUGUUUGUCCAUCCACCCUUCUGCAUAUGUCCGCAGGAAACCCUAGGUAUAGCGUUGUAGAGUAGAGCAUAUUCUUUGUAAAUUAGGUCACUUUGAUUGCCCUCUCUUUGUAAAUGUUACUAAAUUGCCCAAUUUUUUGACUGGUUAGGCAGCCUUUGCUAUCCUUUGUAAUUGUAAGCUCUGUAGCGUCCUGUAUACUUAACGAAAGUAGAAGUAGAUUUAACUGGGGAAAAAGAAAAUAAAACAGAAGAAUUGCGAUUCUGUUACAUGUUUAA